GGUGCGUUCUCUCGAUGGUCCAACGGUGUGUGCGCUCCGCGGUGUGAUAUACCCGAGCUGUGGUGAUUUGUGAUUGUCGAACCAUUCUACACCAUCAUCUGCAUCUUGGACGACAGAGCCAGGGCCAGAACCCUGGCCCUAUCACACCGACACACCGUCACACCACCAGCUGGGCCUGGAGGCACCAAACACCCGUCCCGAGUGGCGCUGCGCUGUACAAGUUUGCUGAUUACUUCAACGGCACCUAAAACCACGCUGCCUCGUGAAGACGCAGAGGCCUUUGUUGAUGGUUGCUGGCCCCGUGCAAGUGAUGUGCAAAAGUGUCAAUUUUUGUGGAUCCACCGUCGUUGGCCGUUUAUUGCGGCCCUGCUAAGGUUUCCUCCAGCGUCGUAGGCGUGAUUUGAUUAGUGCUGAAUUGUGUGCGCACUACCCGCUCCGGUUUGCAAUCAAGCAGGCAGGCAGUGAUUCACUGGCCAUUCUUUUUUUACACGCCCGUGCGGUCCGGAGAGGCUGCUGUCGGGGGAAAAAAAGGGAAGCAGCCUCCUAACGAGAGACAAAUUUGUGUAAUUUCAACUUCCACCAGCGUUUGUCGUGCGUCCGGGUGAUUGUGUUGGUGUUAAUGUUUGGGCAGCCUACUCCAACCGGGAGGUUUAGGGAGUUUUCCCGUUUGAUGUUUUGAUGAUUGACGGGCGCUUGUGAUCGACUACAAUGAACUAAAAAUCAAAAUCAGUGAAAAGCAAUAGCCCCCAAAGUAAAGAAACACCAACGCAUCAAUCUUUCCUACAUCGUGCUUUUUUGGUGGGAAGUUUGACAGAAAAUGUGUAAUGCUGCAAUGUGCCAGAACAUUUGCCUCCAGCAACAGAGCGUGCCCGGCGUCGGUAGCGUCGGUGCCGGUGAGGACGACGAAGGCGAAGGCUGUACGAACAUCUGAGAUAGUGUUUUACACACGUUGAACCUAUCCAUCCCCGAAGCCCCUGGUUUGGGAACGCUUUUCCGGAAGUUGCUGUGAGGGUGUCUCCCGGACAUUAUCUAUUCACUGUUCUCCUAUCUCACGUCGCUUCCCAUUCGGAACUUUCGGCCUGUAGCGUCAAUGUAAGGUGGCGGCGCACUCUCCGCUUCCCAUUUCGUGUACGCGUGUACGUACUUGACAGUGUGUGAAACUGUACACGUGUUCGCUGUGCCCGGGGAUAAGCUUCGGCGACUGGCUGCUGGCGAGUGCAUUGAACGUGGUGCAGUUAAAUAUUUACCAAACGCUUGUCCGGGAAUCCUUGUCAUCGUCUUCAACGAGAGCGAGAGAGAGAGAAGGCGAGAGUGUGAGAGCAAGACGAGCUGAUCGAUGCACACGCACACCACAGGCACAGCAUAGCGAUCAUCGAUCUUCAGUUAAAUGAACCCACGGACCCAGUAACCGUCACGCAACGUACCAUGCUGAUCGUGUAGGUUUUGCUCCAAUCUCGCCUCGGGACGCUACCAACACAUCCCAACCGGUGAAGUGAAAAGGCAACCGUUCCUGCAAGUACGGCUCGCCGUGAUUAGUUUUCCAUCGAACGGCGUACCGGGAGGAUCGGUCAGUUUUCCACAAAAAGUGUGAGUGUGUGUGUUGUUUCGAGGAAAGUCCCGUGUGCUCAUUCCCAGUGGAAGAAUGAUUCGUUAAUUAAUAAGUGUGUACAGCUAUCGAAUAAAAAUAUUGCUUACAAGUGUAUAAGAAGGCAAUAGGAGAAAGCUAUCCAACCGCCAUGUUGGAGCAGUUGAAGGGUUUGUAGAUAGAAAGCACAUGGUAAACCGUCGACAACGGGACAAGUGCUCUCGCCCUUGAUGGUGUGAUUGUGUUCUAUUGUGCGGGUCCCACAUCCGAUCCAACAAUUAUUUGUGCAGUUUAGUGAAACCUGUGUAAACAAAAUCGAAAAAGAAACCCCAAUCGUUUGUGAUAUUACUUAAGUUCGGUUCGUUAGUGCGCGUUUAUACUGCCCGUGUUGAGUGGUUGAAUGUUACCGAUCGAGCUUUAGUGCAAGUGAGUGCGCGUGUGGUGCGUCGUAGCCCCCGAUAUCCAUGUCCCCAAGUGCAUUAGUGUUUGUGUAAGGGCGCGCUUCCACAUUUAUCACAGUGGGAAACAUAAACAGAAUCAGUCCUACCGGUGGACAAAAUGAUCAGCGGCAGCCGGAAAACGCCAGUAAAGCAAUGACGGCUGAAAAUGUGCUUCAAACAGUACAGCAUCACCAUCAUCAUUAGUAGCAUACCGGGCGCAUAGUAAAGCCGGUAGUUGCCCCAAAAACCAAAACCUCGUUCUUAUGCCAAGAUCAGCUCGCAUAACCAAUAAUUGGCAAGCAUAACACGUAUAUUUAUCAUCAUUCGCACGUUGCUUUUGCAUUAGAUUUUGCAAAAACGAGCACCUCCAAAACUCUUCACCCAAACCACCGACGAGUGUCAUCAGCGCGACGAACUCGUUCUCAUAGUAGUAACCAAUUCAUAGCCACCUGCACCCUGCAAGACUGUCCACAGAACCGAGUCCCGUUAGAAACCGUGUCGUCCAUCCUGAAGACAACAUAAAAGCCCACAAAACCCACGAUUGCCUUCAACACCAAAGAGAGACGUUAGAGAGACGGAGUCCAGUCAAAGUUCUGGACGUGAGUGAUCCAUAUUGGAUUGGUUAUCCGUGUAGCGUUUUUGGAUAAAUUAUUGAAACAAUAGGACAACAAAUCUAUAGAUAUAAACACCCUGUCUGGAAGCUUCUCACUGAGCCCAUAGUUAAGUCAGAUAAACCUCCAGAGGCAUUGGGAAAGUUGGAGCUACAUACGUAAUCCCGUACUCUCAGGUCUAGCCACAAAACCCCCUUCGAAUUGGCUCUGGGAAUAGUAGGUGAAAAGAAAUCUUCCCCCUCCGACAACUCCACACCAGACGGACAUUUCGCGAGCAAAAAAGCGGUGAGGAGGGAUUGGCAAACUCGGUACGUCCCUCGGUAAGCGCACGAAGCUACGGAAACACGUUGGCGGACAGAGGCAAAAAGAAGGGCCCGGAAAUGCCGAAAAAUCUGAGACCACCAACGUCGACCAGCGCGUACGGACGCAUUGGUCUGGUGCCGGAAUCGGACGAUUCGCUCCACAGCCAGGAAGUGGAACCCCAGGUGACGGAGGCAUCGCUGGAGAUAUGGCGGACACUUCCGGCAGCCAUUCGGCAGGACCCGAGCCUGGCCUCCUUCCGGCAGGAGCACGAACGAUUACACGGUCCCGACGAGGAUCCGCUCCCGAACGAGGACGUCUCAGCAGACGAUGGCGACGAUAGCAACAGCAAGGAGUUCAUCACAAUCAAGGUCACCAACCCGGAAGCAGCCGUCGAGGAUGGCAAACCGGGUGCGGCGGCGAUGGUCGAGCAGUGCGAAAAGAAUGGCCAAAAUGUGACGACCGACGGCGAAGGGGACGAGGGUCACGAGACGACGAUGGGUGGCCACCACGAGCAUGGUAAACUGUUCGGUUACGUCAAGGUUGGCACACUGCUCGUCGUGUGGCUUAUCUUCACCGGCUUUCUCAUGUCGAAGCACGAGAAGGAGCUCACGCCACGGCAGCUGUCCGUACCGGAAGGAUCGUACAGGACAUACAUAUUACCAGAACCAUCUCCGGGGUCUCGGAUCGGGAUCAACCUGAAAGGUGCCUUUCUAAGUGACCAGCAUCACAACAACACGAGCACGUACGUGUCGGUCAAUCUGCAACUGCUCUACCUGCCCAGCAAUAACUCCAACGCGAGCUUCUUCCCCGAGCACGACGUCAAGUACACGGAGAACAUCACCAAUGUUUGGAUGGUCCCCAUACCGAGCUCGCUGGAAGCGAUAGACCAGAUGGACGAAAUUACCCGCAAGCAUGUGUUCGACAUUGGCCCCGUUAACCAUCAGAAGGUAACGAGCGGGAAAGCCGUCGUACGGGUGCGGAUGUCGUCCAAUCUUGAUGGUGACUUCCCAACCAAGUUCACCUACGAUCCGACACCGAUGGACACGGAAGUCGGCGUGAUUUAUGCCGCGAUCGUACUGCUCGGUCUCUACGUGUUGAUCAUCUGGGAGAUAGUGCACCGCACGUUUGCGGCCAUCAUCGCAUCAACGCUUGCGAUCGGUGUACUGGCAGCGAUGAACGAGCGUCCCAGCAUGCCGAAGUUGAUCUCGUGGAUCGAUGUCGAAACGCUGCUGCUCUUGUUCGGAAUGAUGAUCCUGGUGGCCAUCCUGUCCGAGACCGGUAUCUUCGAUUACCUGGCCGUGUACGCGUACCAGGUGACGAACGGUAAGGUUUGGCCCCUGAUCAACUGUCUGUGCAUCUUUACCGCGAUUCUGUCCUCAUUUCUGGAUAACGUAACGACCGUGUUGCUUAUGACUCCGGUAACGAUACGCUUGUGUGAGGUGAUGGAGCUCAAUCCGGUACCGGUGUUGAUGUCGAUGGUGAUCUACUCGAACGUUGGCGGUACACUAACGCCCGUGGGUGAUCCACCGAAUGUGAUCAUUGCAUCGAACAGCUACAUUGCGAAGAAUGGAGUCAAUUUCGCGACCUUCACACUGCACAUGGCCAUCCCGAUCUUCUUCGUGAUGAUCACCACCUACUUCCAGCUGCGCAUGAAGUUCAAAAACAUAAACGAUCUGCGCUUCAGCGAGCCGCAGGAUGUGCAGGAGAUCCGUCACGAGAUCGCGGUGUGGCAGCGUGCGGCCGCUUCCCUGUCGUCCUACUCCAAGGAUGAAGAUUUGGUGCGCGAAACACUCCUCAAGAAGGUGAAUCGGUUGUCCCGAUCGCUCAAGAAGAAGCUCGUUACUGGAUCCGUGCCCGUGGAGAGCUACAAGGCAACACUGGAAGAGAUGAAGCGAAAGUACCCAAUUCGUAGCAAGACACUGCUGGUGAAGUCCGCCAUCACUCUCGCGUUCGUGAUCACCUUCUUCUUCUUGCAUUCGGCACCGGAUAUCCAGAAGCUGUCACUUGGCUGGACUGCUCUGCUCGGUGCACUUCUGCUUCUUAUUCUGGCUGACCGGGAGGACAUUGAGUCGGUGAUUGCGCGCGUGGAAUGGUCCACACUGCUGUUCUUCGCCGCCCUGUUCAUCCUGAUGGAAGCGUUAGCAGAGCUGGGACUGAUCGAUUGGAUCGGCAAACAGACGGAGAACGUGAUCCUGUCCGUGUCCGAAGAAUCUCGACUGGCGGUAGCCAUCCUUAUCAUCCUAUGGGUAUCUGCAUUCGCAUCCGCUUUCGUUGACAAUAUCCCGCUUACCACGAUGAUGGUAAAGAUUGCCAUCGGUCUUGCUGAGAAUGAGGCGCUCGAUCUGCCCCUGCAGCCACUCGUAUGGGCGCUAGCGUUAGGAGCUUGCUUAGGAGGCAAUGGUACCCUUAUUGGAGCCUCCGCCAACGUUGUAUGUGCCGGUGUUGCUGAGCAGCACGGUUAUAGGUUUACCUUUAUAGAAUAUUUCAAGGUCGGUUUCCCAGUGAUGGUCGGUAGCGUGAUCGUCUCUACUAUCUACCUAAUGUUUGCACACGUCGUCUUCACCUGGCACUAGACGCGUCACCGCACACCCAGAGGACGCUAAACCUAUCCUCUCAUCCGUUUCAUUGUUCUGUUUAUCUGUGUGCCCUCAUGUACGUGUGUAGUGUGUGUAUAUCGUUGUACGCGUAAACGGAAGAGAAAAAACCUACCAUUUAUAGAGCGAAUAGGGUAAAUGUAUUUUGCAAGAAAAACAAAAACCAAUUGUUGCCAUUAAGGGAUCGCUCUCGCUGCGGAACAAAUUACUACUCAACAAACAAAAGCUCCCUUCCUUCAAAACCUGAAACAACGACACCAGACUAAAGCCAUUUGUUGUAAGACGAUCAAUUAGUUUUUCCUCUCUCUCUCUCUCACUCUCCGUAUCUCUCUGGCUCCUUCUUGCUAAGGCGUAAACCAAACCAUCUUUAUAUAUUGUGAUACACCCAAAUCGUCAUUAUUACCGAGCAGAUCGAGCUAGACACACUCACACCGAUAUAACGCCAUGCCAUUUUGCCGAGUACCAGAGGGAGUACCAGCAGCAUCACAAAGCUGGAACAAAAACGAAAAAAAGCACAACUAACUGAGGUGGGAACGCGAGUUGAGUAGCCUGUACAGAAAGAUACAUUUUCCCCUCAUAUGUGGAAUCCGAUAAGUCAAUUCGAGAGCAAAGUGAGCGCGCCCUAGUAAAUAGAGUGAAAAUGAGUGGUCCUAAAGAAGCAAAAAGGGGAGAAGACCGCUUUGUUCCCGCGAAUGAACUGAACAAUGAACGCGCGAUCACUCAUCGAUUGUCCCGCUCUGGCAAAAGGAUAUACUUUCGAUGUAAAGUAUUUUUAUGUGUAAUCCGUGCAGUUACAGGUAUUUCUCAACGUGUUACAUGAUGUUAAAAACUGAUGUUGUUCUAGGCUACACUGUACACACCCGCUAAACAAUCGAUCACAGGUAGUUUGUUCAAUUGAAGCCCCCGAACCCGGUGGGCAGGGUUUUUCAUCCAUAUUUUCUCCUCGAAAGACACACGCGGGAAUAGGGUUUUAAUAUCCUUUCAUUUUUCUUUUCUAUAUUUGUUCGUUCGAUCAAAAUGUUACAAGUUAUGCUUUGUAAGGUAAUAAAUUAUAUUGUUUCCCCCCCAAAACUGUGUGCACUUUGUUUGCUUGUUUGCAAAAAACCAGUGCCACAGCCGUAGAAUGAAAUGGAGUGAAUAAGUUAUUUAAAACAAGUUCAAAAAGAAACCUCUCUAUCUCUCUUCUUUCUCCUGUUUUAACAUGCAAAAAAUCCGCAACAAAACUCGUCCCAAAAGAUCACACGCACUCAAACCCAUUUGCAAUACAAAAAAAGAAAAAUCACUAAAGAAAACACACAUUCCAAAAAGAAACAAAUAUAACGCCCAGUGAAAAAUCAUGGGUACCUUAUAUUUUAGUGCAAGCUGUGCAGAUGGGUUUAAGAAAAUGCAGUUACGAGGCAGAAGACAGGAAAAAACGAAAAACUAAAAAACCCAUAUGUGUAAGGUUUAGUAGCUUUGUAGAAUAAAACAAGUAUAUGUGAAAAGUAAAAACUCUCCCGCUGCUUCUCCUUCACUCGGUUGGAAUAAAUGAGGAAGAAGAAUACGAAUCGCAAAAAAUCUAGAGUGAGCUGAAUAGUGAAUGGGCAAAUGGAAAACUAGUUUUUGUAUAGAUAAAGGGAAGCAACAAAAAAGCAGACACAUGGGAAAAAAGAAUCAGGGAUCCAGACGGUUGGUUUGUAUUGCCUGCACGAACCCUGCAUUUUGUAGCCAAAAUUGUAGAUAGCUGGAACUCUUGUGCGUAAGCGGGGCGGGAACGAAAAAGGAUGAGUGAAUAACAAAAACGAUUUGUACAGAAUAGCUAAAAGAAAAGGGAAAACACAUUAUGAAGAGAAAGGUUUCUAAACGAGAUUGUAAAAAAUGUGAGAAAACGAGGAACAAAAAUAGGUAAAGAAAAGAGAAGAAUUGUAUGAUUUAAAAAAGAAACCCACUUUGUAAACCCCUCUUUAUUUCUGUUUCAUAAAAUCUUGUAAAAGAAAAGCGGAAGAAUGUUUUAAGAAAAGGUACACCAAAAUGGUAAAGAAAAGCAACAAAAAGAAAUGGUAAAAAAAACAACAAAAUCAAUUCUAAAUGAAACCCCUGCAAAGUAGGCUGGAACCGUAGGAUCAUCGGCGAGUAGCAUCCUUUUUCGUUAAGUUUUGCAACUUGCAACCACAGUAGGCGAUAUAGCAGCGAGCGGUCUUAAGUUGACUGGAUGAUAGCCGAUGUUUGUUAUUAAUAUUGUAGUGUACGUAGAGCGUGACACGAUGACACAGUGCGCUGCCUCGUUGAGUGGGUACGGGAUUGGGAGUAACGGACGCACUGUGUGCAGAUAGGGGGGAAAGGUUCCUUUAGAGAGGCCGACCGGUAGGGUAAACGAUGAGGACUAAACGAAGGAAGGAGCCCUUCCCAGCAAACCCCAAUAUGUAAUAGACAAAUAAUAAAAACUAUUGAAACAUAAAGCCUCAA